CGCUGGAGCUGCAGAUAUCGUGUCUCAAUCCUUGCUCCGUCAACGCUUUGUUAUCAUCAUCGUUUUGUUUGAGAACGGCGGAUUUUUAAGUGUUCAAGAUGGUUGUUCUACAUGCAGCAUUGAGUGUGAAAACCGUUGACCUGUGCGAAAAGGAAAAUGCAAAGCUCCACCGCACCGAUGGCUAUGAACUUGUCACCAUGGAUCCACCGACGCCGGUUCUACGACGUGGCCAAUUGUUCAAACUGAAACUACGCUUCAACCGUCCAUUCGUUAAAGAAUCGGACAUUGUUCGUAUUUUAUUCAGCUUUGGAUCUCGUCCAGACGUGAUGAGAGGUACCAAAGGAAUUGUCACCGUCGAUGACAAAACUUCUUUUCUGGCCAAUUCGGAGACCUGGCAGGUCAGGGUAACCGAUAUGAAGUCAGAAAAUGUCUCACUCGAGGUUCAAAGUCCGGCGGACAGUCCGGUCGGAGUUUGGAAAAUGAGAAUAGAUGCGACUGUAUCAGGUGUUGAAAAAACCGUCAAUACUUACGAAGUUGACAGCGACAUCUAUCUGCUGUUUAAUCCAUGGGUGAAGGAUGAUCUUGUUUACAUGGAGGACGAAAAACUACUCGAAGAGUACGUGAUGAACGACACGGGUAAAAUCUGGCUGGGAACCGAGAAACAACACAGAGGGAGAGGAUGGGUUUUUGGUCAAUUCGAGGACUGCGUGCUUCCAGCGUGUGAAUUGAUGCUGAAGAGAUCCGAAAUCAAGGACGCGGCUCGAGGAGACCCAAUCAAAAUGUCCAGAGCAAUAUCUAGAAUCAUAAACGCGAAUGAUGAUAGAGGAGUUCUAGCCGGUCGAUGGGAUGAUAAAUACGAUGGCGGAGUUUCUCCGUCCACGUGGACAGGAAGUGUCCCAAUAUUGAAGAAGUUUCUGGAAACCAAAGAAUCUGUUCGUUGGGGUCAAUGCUGGGUAUUCUCAGGAGUCGCGACCACCGUUUGCAGAGCAUUGGGAUUGCCUGCAAGGUCCGUUACGAAUUUGAGCUCAGCGCACGACGUCGACAAUACGUUGUCCAUCGACCGUUACGUUAACAGUCACUACGAGUAUCUGCAUGAAGAUCCAAUCACUGGGAAACGAUUCUACGACAUGGUCUGGAACUUUCACGUCUGGAACGAGGUCUGGAUGGCCAGGCCGGAUCUGCCCAUGGGUUACGGCGGCUGGCAGGCCAUUGACUCAACACCUCAAGAGCAGUCUGAUGGCAUGUACCAAUGCGGUCCGGCUUCCAUCGAGGCGAUCAGGCAAGGCGCCGUUGGCUUCAAUUAUGACAUUCCCUUUAUGGUGUCCACCGUCAACGCUGACGUUAUACAUUGGAUAGAAGACAGGCGAAGUGAAUCUGGUUGGAGGAAGAUUAGCUGCUCCAAAUCCGAGGUUGGACGUAUGAUCUUGACCAAAGCGCCUUUUGUGUUUGACCCAAACGGCGAUGGAGACCGAGAGGAUAUCACUUUUCAUUACAAAGCUAGAGAGGGUACAAGGGAGGAGCGGUUUGCUCUGUACAGGGCUGCUCGUAGUGUGAAUGGUGCGAGGAAAGUUUACGCGGUUCCUGAGAAAGCCGAGGAAGAUUGUGAAUUCACUCUGGUUGAUCUCGACACAGUGAAUAUCGGAGAACCUUUUUCACUUGAGGUCAAUAUAAAGAAUCAUUCUCACGAGCCACGAACCUUCCAUGCGAACUUGACAGUCAGAAGCGUGUACUACAACGGUAAUCCAGGAAACAUGGUGAGAGCAGUGACUACACGUUUUACUGUUCCUCCCAAUGAACGUGAAGUGCUUCGCUUGCCUGUCACCGCUGAUCAGUAUCUGGAAAAAUUAGUGGAGUAUUGCCACAUGAAGUUGUCCGCCGUGAUCAAUGUCGUAGAAACUAACCAAACUUGGGUCGGUGAGGACGAUUUCCGGGUCGUGAAACCGACUAUCGCAAUAGAGACCGUGAAGAAACUGAUUGUUGGAAAGCCAGCAGAUAUGUCACUUAAAUUCGAGAACCCCUUGAAAGAGUUGCUGACCGACUGUGAAAUCAACUUCGAUAGUUCAGGGUUUAUCAAGACCAAGGAGAUGAGAUUCAGAGAUGUUGCUCCAGGUGGAACGGUUCAAGCAAAAUAUCAAGUCAUCCCACACAAAACUGGAAAACACAACCUUGUGGUCACCUUUACGUCCAAACAACUUUGCGAUAUCAGUGGGAUGGCAACUGUCGAAGUUAUCAACGAACUGGAAAACUUGACCCAAUAAUAUGUAGAUACGGUGUAGUCUUAAUAAUGUUGUCAUCUUGAUAUUCUUGUUAUCACUGAAGGGAUCAGCCCACAGUUGCUGUCUGGUAGCACACGGUUUCUUAUAUCUUCUAACCGUCCUGAGAAACAUAUAUUCUUGUUUGUAUUAAACGUAUGGUCAAAUGAUAUCGACGGGAGUCAACAUCCAAACAGACUUAGGUGCACGUGCGUAUCAGAAGGACCACACCAGAGAACGACUGGUAUCCUUUCAAUAUUGCAAGCUCAUGGUCAAAGCAUUUUCUCUUUUACAAUGCCUUUCAUGGCUUUGGCUAUUCAUCUCAUCAGCGAUUGAGCGAAAACCGUUCAGCGUCAAACAACAGUUCGUUAAGACAAACCAGAUGUCCGAAAAUCACCUUAUAAUAUUUUCGGACAUGCAGGAAGUGGCGUGCGCGUGCAGCGUAAUAAAACCUUUUUCAACUAGUGUCGUUUGGGAAACGAUGACCUAAGGCCAGAAUAGGCUAUCUUUGCAUACAACCAUUUUAUAAUAAUAUUCAAUCAUUAUAACCUCAACUCGGUUUAAAUUUCAAUAAACUUAAUCAUUGUGUUUAAUUUA